AGGGCCGCUGGGGAGGGGCCAAGGCCCCUGUCACCUGUGGUGAGCUGCCCUUUCCCUGUCAAGUCCCUGGCCACGUGAAGGCUCAGGCUCUGUCUCUGGGCCGAGGCUGCCCAGCUUUAACCACCUCCCUAAGACCAAGCCCAGCCUCCACCCAGCCAGGCAUGCUCCGCUGCCCCCAUCUGGUUCACCCUCACGCUCCUCCCGGCUGGGGAGGGAUUUCCUAUGGACAUUUCUGUGAGGUGAAAACUGAACCCCUGCACCCGGGAACCUUGUUCUCAUCAGUGCCCACAAGGGAGGGCCCCAGACAUCCUGGGGAAGAAUAUGGGCAUGGUGGGCGAGGCCAUGCAGGAUCUAGGCUUUGGAGCAGGCAGACGUGGCCCGCCUGGGUCUGGAGCAAGACAUAUUAUCGGUGAGGCUGCAGCAGGGGUGAGGCCUAGGGCCAAGUGUAUAGGUGCCGACAGGAGUCAGGAUCUGGCUUGGUAGAACGUGGGCAGGGCUGACGAGGGGACUGGACUUAAUCUAGGAUCUGAACUAGUGUUGUGGUGGGACCUGGAGUGGGGGACUUAGUGAUGGAUGUGGUCGAGCGAGGGUGGGACUGCUCAGGGGGCGGAGCUGGCCAUCCACCGCCUGCUCCCCCCAGAACACCAGAACUUCUUCGGACUGGACGAGGUGCUGGGCCCGGUGGCAGUGAGCCUGCGGCGGGAGGAGAAGGAGAGCAGCGGAGGGGGCACUCUGCACAGCUACCGCAUCAUCGUGCGGACCACGCAGCUCCGGACCCUCCGCGGCACCAUCUCGGAGGACGCGCUGCCGCCAGGGCCCCCAAGAGGCCUGUCCCCGAGGAAGCUUCUAGAGCACGUGGCAUCGCGGCUGAGCCCGACCUGCCUGCGCCUGGGCUCAGCUUCACCGAAGGUGCCCCGCACGCUGCUUACGCUGGACGAGCAAGUGCUGAGCUUCCAGCGCAAGGUGGGCAUCCUGUACUGCCGGGCGGGCCAGGGCUCGGAGGAGGAGAUGUAUAACAACCAGGACGCAGGACCCUCCUUCAUGCAGUUCCUCACCCUGCUGGGUGACGUGGUGCGGCUCAAAGGCUUUGAGAGCUACCGGGCCCAGCUGGACACCAAAACAUCCCCCCAUCCCAAUCCCAGGCUGGAGGCUGGAUCCUGUAGGGGGAGGGGAAGGGAAGCAGCCAAGGCUGAGGCCCUUGGAGCUCAUGGCCUGGACCUUGGCUGGUGGCAGAAAGGGGUAGUCCACCUGCUGGCUGGGGGUACAGAGGCUCCGGACUGCAAGCAGGAUGGCAGGUUCAAGCCGUCCAGAUUUCCCUUGCUCUCCCUCGGUGUCCCCAACUUCCUGGCCACAGCGGAUUCCACGGGCACGCACUCCCUCUACACCACGUACCAGGACCAUGAGAUCAUGUUCCACGUGUCCACGAUGCUGCCUUACACCCCCAAUAACCAGCAGCAGCUCCUGCGGAAGCGCCACAUUGGCAACAACAUUGUGACCAUCGUGUUCCAGGAACCCGGCAGCAAGCCCUUCUGCCCCACCACCAUACGCUCGCACUUCCAGCACGUAUUCCUAGUCGUGCGGGCCCACGCACCCUGCACUCCGCACACCUCCUACAGGGUGGCUGUGAGCCGCACCCAGGACACCCCGGCCUUUGGGCCAGCUCUGCCCCCUGGCGGAGGUCCCUUUGCGGCCAACGCCGACUUCCGGGCCCUCCUGUUGGCCAAGGCGCUCAAUGGUGAGCAGGCGGCAGGCCACGCACGCCAGUUCCACGCCAUGGCCACGCGCACGCGCCAGCAGUAUCUGCAGGACCUGGCCACCAACGAGGUGACCACCACGUCGCUGGACUCGGCUUCCCGCUUCGGCCUGCCUUCCUUGGGCGGGAGGCGGCGGGCGUCCCCCCGGGGCCCGGGCGCUGAGCUGCAGGCGGCAGGGGCGCUGGUGUGGGGCGUGCGCGCGGCGCCCGGGGCGCGGGGCGCGACCGGAGCCGAGGCGGGCGGCCCUGACGGCGCAGAGGUGCCAUGCCUGCUGGGCAUCUCGGCCGAGGCGCUGGUGCUGGUGGCGCCGCGCGACGGCCGCGUAGUCUUCAACUGCGCCUGUCGCGAUGUGCUGGCCUGGACCUUCUCCGAGCAGCAGCUCGACCUGUACCACGGCCGCGGGGAGGCGAUCAUGCUGCGGUUCGACGGGCCCCCCGGCCAAGCCGUUGGCGAGGUCGUGACGCGCCUGCAGCUGGUGAGCCGCGGCUGCGAGACCCGCGAGCUGGCGCUGCCCCGCGACGGCCAAGGCCGCCUGGGCUUCGAGGUGGACGCCGAGGGCUUCGUCACGCACGUGGAGCGCUUCACGUUCGCGGAGACGACGGGGCUGCGGCCCGGGGCGCGCCUGCUGCGCGUGUGCGGCCAGACGCUGCCCAGUCUCGGCCCCGAGGCCGCUGCCCAGCUGCUGCGCUCGGCGCCCAAAGUCUGCGUCACCGUCCUGACCCCCGACGAGAGCGGCCGACCCCGCAGGAGCUUUUCGGAGCUGUACAUGCUGUCUCUGCAGGAGCCCAGCCGGCGGGGGGCUCCCGAGCCGGUGCAGGAUGAGGCCCCAGCAGUGGCCCUACUGCCCACCACGAAGCAGCUGCUGCAAGUGUGCCUGAAUGAUGGCGGUGGUCCUCCAGGGCCCGGGGAUCUGGCCGAGGAGAGGACUGAGUUCCUGCACAGCCAGAACCCUCCAUCACCCUGCAGCUCGCUGUCCGACGAGGCCCCAGUCCUGCCCAACACCACCCCGGACCUCCUCCUUGCCACUACGGCCACGCCGACAGCACCCAGUGCUGGCAGGGACACACCCCCCACCCAGGACGGGCCAGGCAACCCCAGUGGCUGUGAGGACAGGGGUGACCCAGCCCCAGAGCUGAGGGCCUCCUUCUUGCCACGAACCUUGUCUCUGAGGAACUCCAUCAGCAAAAUCAUGUCAGAGGCGGGCAGCGAGACCCUGGAAGACGAGUGGCAGUCCAUCUCAGAGAUCGCCUCCACCUGCAACACCAUCCUGGAGUCGCUCUCCCGCGAGGGGCCACCCAUCCCAGAGAGCAGAGAUGCCAAGGGAACUCCAAAAUCUGACGCUGAGCCAGAACCCGGGAGCCUGUCUGAGAAGGUCUCUCACCUGGAGUCCAUGCUCAGGAAGCUGCAGGAUGACCUGCAGAAGGAGAAGGCAGACAGGGCGGCCCUGGAGGAGGAGGUGCGGAGCCUGCGGCACAACAACCGGCGGCUGCAGGCCGAGUCGGAGAGCGCGGCCACCCGCCUGCUCCUGGCCUCCAAGCAGCUGGGCUCCCCCACCAGCGACCUGGCCUGAAGCCGUCGGGUCCAGCCUCAGCCCGGCUGCGGACCUGCUGGAACUGCCCGGUCUCUCGCUCGGGGCACCUGGGCCACACCGGGCCCCGGGCCCUCCUCAGGGACUCUCCCUGCGCGAGGCGCAUCUUAGCACUGCCCCCGCUCCCCGGCCCAUUAUUUGGUGGCAUUUUGGUGGCGAAGUUGCCCUUCUACCCCAUCCCCGUUUGUAAAUAUUCUGUGCAGAAAAGGGGACUUCAGGGAAUAAAGAAGCCACCAUUAUUUGUGUCCACGCAGGUGUUCA